AUAAACUCGCAGUUUGCGGCGCUAAAAAACUAGAGAUGAUUGUUGUCGGUCUUGAAGAUUUUUAGAGCCUAGUGACCCGCCGCCGUGAAGGGGACUCUGUGCUCUACUUUUUCCACUACUACCUCCACUCGACUAUAAUUCCGGCACAGAGUAGAGAUCGGCGCAGUUUUCUACUUUAUCCCAAGAAAAAUAACACUUUCAAGUACAAGUAGGAAGCACUUAGUGUUGGUUACUGCACGUAUGUAUUUUUCAUCAAGCGAUUGAAUGGAGUUCUACUCUUCAACAAUCUUUCAAGAAGUCAAUACAGUAGAUUGAAGAAAAAAUUUAAGUUACCUUUAUUUACCUGCAUUUAUUUUCUUCUGCAAGAAAAGCAAAUGAAGAGCACCAAAAACGACGACCUGAAGAUGAACGACGCCUACAACUUCGGAACAAGCCCCUCAAGGACAAGGAGGAUGAUCUCUCUCGCUUCUGUUCCCCUGGCCGCGUUUUUCCUCUCGACGAGAGAAACGUGUGGCAUGGUGUUUUUAAUGCAGCACGAGGGCCAGCGGCAAGUUGAUGUUGAAUUGGAAGAAGAAGGAGAACAAGGGGAACAGGAACUCGUCCUAUAUCAUAAAUCUUCACAACGACUUCCUCAUCAUCUUGAGGAUCGCCAGCGUACUCACGGUCCUGUUGUACCGCUGGACCUCCAGAAUAGUACAACAGACGUCAACAUUUUUGGUACUACAACCGACAUUACCUCCCUGAGCUCUUUCGACGAGAGAAGAACUGGAAGCCACGAAGUAGAGGACCAGCUUGGUGCUAUUCGGACGAGCGAAGUGCACUACGCUUUCCUCCAAAAAUUUUCACGACGGACGAAGAAAAUGAAAGAGAAGACAACCACGACGUCGACCCAGAAGAUGGAGCAGCAGCACCACCACCACCAGCAACAGCUGAUGUCGAUGCUGCAAUUGCAAAAAAAACAAAAGCCCGCCUGGACGAUCAUUGGGAAGAUCGUCUUGGGAACUGUUGCUGGCAAGGUGGCUGUGGACACCCUGAAGGACAUUGCGACGGCACCUACUUGGGGAGACACGAAUAUUGUCAAAAGUGUGCGCUCUAUGCGAUCCGCGAUCGCCUGGCUCUGGUGGGGCAACAAGGCCCGGCGGUUGCUGCGGUCGCGGGGGGAGGCGUUCACGGAACAGAAACGUAGGGAGCUGCUGACCAAAAUGCAAGCAGUCUGGAGCAAUUUCACUGAUCAAGUGGUUACCGUCUCUGGGGGGGAAAAGCUACAAGACUUGGAAGCGGUCGGAGAUGCCACUGAGAAGAGAGAAAAUUUUGCCGACCGGAUAUCAAAGUGAAAAAAGCCCCCACCCCAUAUCGGAAACGGAAGAUGCGCGAAUUUGUGAUGCUGUAUUUGAGUACACAAAUCGACUUGUAUUGCUAGAAGUCCAAGAGACGAAGCUGCGGCCUAAAUUGCAGGCAAUCUGUCAUGCUGUUUCCCACUUUCAGUUGCCUCCUGUUAUCCUGGAGCUGCAAGGCUUUCCCACGCUAGGCAGCACUACAGUCCGCAUCUUUUGCCUUCUAGCGUCACAAAGUUGAUCUGUGACAACAAAUCUGCAUCACAGAUUUCCGUUUUGAUAUGGGGAGGGGGCAUUUUUCAUUGUAAUAUCGGAUGAAAACGGCGGUGGAGCGGAUUGGAGAGGGUAAUAAUUCUCCCGACUUGUAUCAAAUGCAAAAAUGUCUGGGUCUGGAAACUUCUGAUGCUAAAAUGUGCAGGAUGAAGACACUUCCGAAUGCAGUCCGGCAUGACAACUUCCCAAAACGCUUUCUCAUAGGCAAUCCGCAUGAGAAACUGCGUUUUUGCAUGACAAAAGAGGCUGCGACUUUUGUUGGUUAUGCAAUACAGAUUUUCUAGGUAUGGAAAGCUAGCAUUACAAGUUCCAACCUUCCAGACCCAGACAUUUUUACAAUCCAUAACUUGAACGCAACUACAACUGUUAGUGCAGCUCCCGUAGCAGGGGUUACGCCCGACCUCGCGCAUUGGUCCCAGGUUGACCAGGAAGCUAGCCUAAAAACGCGGGACAUGAUUGCAGUCAUGGUGAAAGGAGAAUCCUUAUGAACUGCAAAAGUAUCGUACUCAUAUAAAUGCAUUACAAAUCUUCAUUUCCUCGUCAGUAAAAAUUGUAACGCGGAUUUACCUUUGAGAGAAAGAUAAAGAUUUGUAAUGCAUGAUUGCAAUACGUAUACGAGUGCGAUACUUUUGCACAGGAUAAUCCUUUCCGCUUGUCUGCGAAGUUAUGAUCGUAGAAAGCGACAAGGUCAUGCUGUACCACUAUCAUUUGUAAAAACGUUUCCACCCACCCCCAGAGUUGUCAUGCAAAUCUGCAUGCUGAAAAUAUUUCUCGUGCGGAGCCCCAUGAGGGACAUUUUCUAGUUUUGUUUCGGAAUUUGUCAUGCUCCAAUCAGCAUGAUGUGCUAAAUCUGUGAAGACGCUGCUUAACUAGCUAAACAGCAUUACACUACGAGGCCAAACUUGUCAUGCAUAACUCCCAAAACUUGGAGAUUUGUGUUGCAACUUUACCAACCUGACUGUGGGGUGGGGACGUUUUUCCUCAGGAUAACCACCCGCAGCCCGUACUGGAUCGGCGGCAGAAGCGUGACAUGUGCACCGACUAUCAAAUGCAAAAAUGUCUGGGUCUGGAAGAUGCAGAUUUGUCACGCAUAUUUUUCAUGCCCCAUGAGCAGGUCUGUAAUGCAGGACUUAGCAUGACAGAGUCUGUGAGGUCUCAUCUGCCAUGCCUCUCCUGCAUGAGAAUCUCCCUCCCAACUUGAUCGAAAGGGGGGAUAGCUUUUGGCACUCAUGCAACACAGAUUUUUGCAUCAUUCGGAUUCAGCAUCACAAGUUGCAAUCUUCCAGACCCAGACACUUUUGCAAUCCAUACCGACCUGCAGAAAGCUAUCCCCAUCGCUGACCUUCACUAUUUGAAGCUGCCGCCCUCUUUUCGUGUAUCAAAUGUAAAAACGUCUGGGUCGGGAAGAAUGCAAGUUUGUCAUGCUUGUCUGGCAUGAUUCGAGAAUCUAUGUUGCAUAGGCAACAAAAGGCCCUAUUGCCGUUCAUGCGAAAACGCAGUUUGCCAUGCGGAAUACGUAAGACAUGGGAGCCAAAAAAUUUGUCAUGCAUAGCUGCGUAUUGCAGUGCGUCUAUCAUUCACUUUUAGCAUUACAAGUUUCCAGACCCUGGCAUUUUUGCACAUGAUAUCGUGUGGUGCAGCGCCAAACCUCGGAUAUGUUUAUUUUCAAGCCUUUCGACGACGGACCUUUGGGCACAAACGAAAACGGAAAGAUUUUUGAGCGCGAGCAGAACCAUAAAGACCUCUCCACCCUCUAUCAAAUGAAAAAGUGUCUGGGUCUGGAAGAAGAUUGCGAGAUUUGUCAUGCUUGUCUGGCAUGACCAAAAAGUUUGUAGAUGCGUGUCCAAGAAGAGACCCUUUUGCCUGUCAUGCAAAAAGAGAAACGCAGUCUGUCAUGCGCAAAAUGCAACACAAAGAAGCGCAGACAUUUCUCAUGCUUGCCUGUGCAACAUACCAGAGCACUCACUAUUUUUCCCAACGCAGCAUUACAAGUUUCCAGACCCAGAGACAUUUUUACAUUUGAUGCCCUCCGAUCUUACACAAAACAGCACGGACUGGAUAGUGUCCCCUUUCGCUGUCAGCUGAACCUGAAAGUGAGCGAAACGCUGCUCUCCAUGCACGAGAAACUCAUUGAAGGCUUGUAUGACGAACAGAAGCUGCAGCUGCAGGUGGUCGAAGAGGAAGUGCAGAAAGUCUUGCACGCUAUGGAAUCCGAAAAUCGGUUUUUGAACUUUUUGAAGUCCGCCCCUCGGGCGGGGCGGCUGCGCAAGCUGCAAGUGCUGAAAAAGAAGAUUCUCGCGCGCGACAUUCCCAAACUUAUGAAGCAAACGCGGCAGAUGGCGAAGGAAAUGGACCCCUUGUCGUUGCUGACAAAAGAAGACUAUGAAGUGCAAAAGUAUCGUACUCGUAGUAAGUGCAGUCAUGCAUUGCAAAUCUUUUUCGUUAGGUAAAUCCGCAUGUUAUUUCUCAUGGUGAGAAAAUUUGUAAUGCAUUUAUACGAGUACACGAUACUUUUGCACAGGAUAAAGACGACGAAGGUCCUCGUGAAGAUGACUCUGCCGGCGUAGUUGACUCUCGAAGUAGUGCCAGCGGGAGGAGCGAUGUUGAAGGUAUAAUCGCUAGUACAAGAACCAGGAAAACGACAUCAAGCAGCACCAAUUUGCAGCCGGCAGCGCCGCAGCCGUACUAUGAAAUGUAAAAAUGUCUGGGUCUGGAAGAAUGCAAGUUUGUCAUGCUUGUCUGGCAUGACUCGAGAAUCUGUCAUGCACGUUACCCAAGAGCUCCACUUUUCUGUGAUGCAGAAACGCAGUUUGUCAUGCAGAAUAGGCAACACUUAGAGGUGGCUCAGAAACUUGUCAUGCAAAAAGCACUUGUGGCCUCAUCAUGAGACGCCACCCAGCAUCACAAGUUCCCAGACCCAGACACUUUUAGUUACAUUUGAUACGUACAUCCUGUUUCCGAUUCAGCCCAACGGCACGGCUUUUUUUCCCCGCAUGUUCCACAAUGCGGGGGGCGGUAGUGAGGCCGGGGCAGUCGAGUUGAUAAUCGAGGAAGAGGAAAAGUCGUUCAUUAUCCUGAGUAAAAGUGUCCCCAUGCCAGAGUCAAGAUGGGAAAUCUGCUAGACAAAUCAACCAGCUAUGGUUGUUUCGCAUGACAAGUUUGUCCUGGUAGUGUAGUCCUGUUUAGCUAGUUCCGAAGCAUCACAGAUCUAGCAUAUCGUGCUGAUUAUAGCAUCACAAAUUCCAAAACACGACUAGGAAACGGCUCUCAUGACGCUCCGCAUGAGAAACUUUUUUGGCAUGCAGAUUUGCAUGACAGCUCUGGCGUGGUGACAUUUUUACUCAGAAUAUUCAUCGCUCCCUUCGCCGCAUCGUUGCACUCGGUCCAAGCAUAUGAACUGCAAAACAAGUAUCGUACUCGUUGUAUAAAUGCAUUACAACUUAUUUCCUCAGCAUGAGUAGAGAUAAAAAUUGUAAUGCAAAUGCCGAUUUACGUUUUUAAAAAAAACAUUGCAUGAUUGCUAUACGAAUGCGAAACAUUUUUGCACAGGAUAAAGGACUCGCUGCCACCUUCCUGCGGCAGGGCGGGUUGGGAACAGCAACAGGAAAAACAACAGAAUUAUCCUCGGCCGGGGAUACUACAACUCCUGCUUCGAAUGUUUCGCCGAAUCCAAAUCCUGCGAAUGGUUCUACCUAUUUCCGGUCUCUGGACCCUAGUAAACCGCUCCCCACUCUCGUGCGACUUGCAGAUGAGGACCGCGACGCUCGUGGUCUUGUUGUAUCGGAUCAAGCCCGGGAACAAAAAAUGCUGCAGCUGCUGACGGCCACCGCACAAAAAACCUAUGGAAGCGUCAGGUUUGAAAUCGACAUAGUUGAAAUGAUUUGUCAUGCAUAAAAUGGAUACUAGUUGGAAGACCAAUUUCCAAGCGGCGCAUGACAAAUUUACGAAGCGCCGGAAUCCAAUUUGUCAUGCUGUUUGGGCACAGAAGACUGCUUCUGUCGUGCUCCUUUAGAUAGCAGCUCUGUCCCAAACCCUAAAUAGGCUCACAAUCUGCCUCACUUGCCAUCCCGGCAAGACAGGCACUUCAUGCCUUGCAUUUUAUGCACGGGUGUCUAUUGUCUAUUGCAUUUUAUGCAUGACAAUGCGACGAUUUCAAUCCUGACAGAUCCAUAAAACCUUCGAAGUCGGUAUCUCCUAUUUCCUGGGCACGGGGACGGGGACGACGUCGCCAGGGGUGGUCCCCUUGCAACAACAAGAACAAACCACGAGGACCUCCGACGAGGUUCUUUCGCGGCAGGUGCAAUUUCUAGCUGAGGAAGAGAAGUGGAACUUCUUGCUAUCCACAGUAAAUUUCCCGUACACGUACAGAUGCGGUUUCUGCAUGACAAAACUUGGUCUCGAUCCAAGUUUAACAUGACAAGUUUUACGUUCCAAACUGGUGAAAUUUGUGAUGCAUGUUGUACAUGUGCGGGAAAUUUGUAUUGCAUACUUGCAAACCAGCGGGUAUGACGUGAUGAGUACGAUCCCAGGUUUUGGCACGGACAAGGCUGAGCUUCGCAUUGCCGAUGUUCUCACUACUAUCCAGGAAAAAAACUGUGUAAGUGUAACUUUGUAGGAAAAGCAGCAUCACAAGUUCGCUUUCGCUUUGCAUUACAGGAAAAACCUGUCAUGCGCAGCUAGUAUCAUCGGAAACGCGUAUAAAAGUUGCCUAUGACGCAAAUCCAGCAUGACAAUUGAUAACUGUUUUACAUAAUUCUGCAUCACAGAUUUACACUUACGCAGGUUUUUUCUUGCAUAACCACGUUGCCCGGCAGCGCGGAGGUGGAGGUUGACACCACAGUAUCAUGUGCAAAAGUAUCGUACUCGUAGGUACUAAUUGCAAAUAUGCAUGACAAAUCUUCUUCCUAAGGUGAAACAGCAUCACAAAUUGCAUUUGUCACCCAGAGCAUCAAGUUUUUUGUAAAUGCAAUUUGUACAAGUGCGAUGCUUUUGCAUUGCAUACACAGGAGCGGAGAACAACAAAAAAAACAACGCUCCGGAUGUUACCGAAAAAAGCUCGACGCUUCAAAAAACCGAAGGUGAUGAGACUGCUUUAGCUUUGCCGACAAGAAUGGCCGCGCAUGAGACCACUCCUGUGGCUUAUUUGCCGACGAGAAGGGGGGCCGCAGUGCUGUCAACAACAAGAACACACGACCAGAUUGAGACUGAUCAAGCAACCACGCUUCUGCAGGUGCACCGUUUUCGGCAAGGUCUUGCAGAUGGGGGCUUGACCCUGGGCGCUGUAGUGGUUUGCGCCGUGAAGAUGUUUUUUUUGUAUACGAUUUUAUGCGAGUGCACAAAUCGUCCCUCAUUUGUAUGCCACGACCAGCAAGACAAAUGCCAGCGCACGUCGUGUAUGCCGUCGUGCAUAGUUCAUGCGCCUUCUACGGGGGUACUGUUAGUUUUGGCCUCCAGAAUUUGCCUUGCAAACAGUGUACAAGGCAGUGGCAGCAUGUCAUGUGGAUUUAGUAUUUUGCAUGACAACAUAGCAUGGAUUUGGAUAUGA